GUCUGGAUUUUCUUCCUUGGCCUUUGCUUAUCUCUCUCCUCUGCGUACAGUUGUUUUUUUUUUAGCCUUUUUUUUUUCUCUCUCUCUAUCUUUUUCUUCGUAUAUAUUUUUUUCGUAACUUUUCUAAUUUGCCAACCUCAUCCUUGGUCUGCCAUUGUAAUCAUCACCUCCUGUAUACUGAUUAUUUCUAUUUCUAUUAUUUUUCCCUUCUCUCCUUUAUAUAGACAUAAAUAGACAGAAAGGAGAGAGUUAUUGGGCAGUGAAAGGUUUUUAAGGAAAAACCAACUUACUGUCCGGUCUUUCUAUGUUUGAUUGCAUGGUGAGCCCUCUCUCAUCUAGCUUAUUAGUUGAUGAUUUUUGAGAGGGAGAGAGAGAGAGGUUGUUAAAGAAAGAUUGGAAAGAGAUACAUCUGAAUUGUGUUGCAGAUUUGCUCAGUGAAGCAAUCCAUGGCUAGAUAGCGACUUGGAGAAUAACCCAUCAUGAUCAUCAUCUCUUCACGAGAUUUUGGUUUUGCUACCCAAUGAAUGAUGCCUUUCUGUGUCUAUAGUUCACUGCCACCUGUUUAUCAAUAAAGCUUUGUUUAGUUUAGUUGUGUCCAAAGCUAGGGAUUCUCUAUUUCUGCUCUUGUUCUUACAUCUUGUUGUUUCUUCAAGAGUGAAAAGUGGACUCUUGAACAGAAGCUACUUCAAAUAAAAGUAGCUAGCAAGAAAUAUAUCAAACAAAACAAAGGGGGGUAUCAUUUCUUGGUUUUUCUUUGUUGGAGUUUUCUUCCUCACAGACAUGUUCCCUGCAGCCAUGUCCAAUUCAACUUCUUUGUCUGAAGAAGCUAGUGUAUCUUCUGGCACAAGAAUUCAAGAUUUUGGUAGCUUAAAUCAACUGGCUUCAACCAUCUCUCCUCUGCAGCAGCAGCAGCAGCAACAACAAAGGACCAUCAAGAAGAAGAGAAACUUACCAGGAAACCCAGACCCAGACGCUGAAGUGAUAGCAUUAUCUCCAAAGACCUUAUUGACCACCAAUAGAUUUGUGUGUGAGAUCUGCAACAAGGGGUUUCAGAGGGAUCAGAAUCUUCAGCUUCAUAGGAGGGGUCAUAACCUUCCUUGGAAGCUGAAGCAAAGAAACAGCAAAGAAAUUAAAAAGAAAGCUUAUGUUUGCCCCGAGCCUACGUGUGUUCACCAUCAUCCUUCAAGGGCUUUGGGUGACCUUACAGGUAUCAAGAAACAUUAUUGCAGGAAACAUGGGGAGAAGAAGUGGAAGUGUGAAAAAUGCUCAAAGAUCUAUGCUGUUCAAUCAGAUUGGAAGGCUCACUCUAAAACCUGUGGAACAAGAGAGUACAGAUGUGACUGUGGAACCCUUUUCUCCAGGAAGGAUAGCUUCAUAACCCACAGGGCAUUUUGUGACGCGUUAGCUGAAGAAAGUGCAAGACUCUCAGCUCACCAGCUAAUUAUCUCCCAAAAUCCAAAUGCCCACGCUCUCCUCCUUCAAAACCCACUUCAAACCCACCACCCUCAUUCUCUCUUUUCUACCACAGCUCACCACCAAAUCUCCUUCACUUCUCCUUGGGACCCACCUCACCAUCAGAACCCUUGCAGUAAUAACCCCCUAAACCCAGUUCACAUCAAGCCUGAAACUACCGGCCAUUUUCAAAUCCCCGCUUCACUUCUCCAAGAACCACCACUAACAAUGCCUAGCCACAAGGGCUUGUUAGCCCCAACCUUCCAAAGCCUGUCGAAUGCUGCCACGUCACAAGCAGCAUCACACCACUUGUCAGCCACUGCACUCCUUCAAAAGGCUGCCAGUGUGGGUGCCACUCAGACCUCAGUGGGUCACAGUCACAUGACCCAGCUGGACAUGGGCGAGUUGGGAUCAGCGGGUCAGGUUCAUGUUGACUCGGUGAGUCACGUCUCUCAGGGUCCCAGUUACAACCUUAACAGCCUUGCCACGUGGCAGAAGAGUGAUCGCCUGACAAGAGACUUUCUGGGUCUGACUGCGCCUGAGUGUGGGGAUCAUCAUGGCCAUGCUGCUAGCAAUGCGAAUGGGAGUGUUAACGUUAGCAUGAAUGUGAGGGAAAUUCUAACCUAUACAGGGGGUGUAGGGUUCCACCAGCAGCAAUACAACGAGAGAGACCACUCGCUGCUGAAGCCCCACGGUGGUUUUGGAUUCGCUCAGCCUUCUGCCUCUGAAGCGUGGGGUGAUUGCUAGGGAGCCCCAAAAAGGAAAGGGUAAAAUGGUGAUUCCAUUGAUUCCCUUCAAAAUGGCCGAGGUGCCCCAUGUCUCCUUUGCCACAAGAAUUUAAUGGAGGUUUUUGAAGAAAAAUCUAGAACCUUUCUUAUGCCAUCAUCAACCUCAUCUUCCAUGCAAGCUUAUUAUCUCUCUUUACUUUAAGACUGCUAUCAGCAAUUUCUCAAUAUCCUGCCUUUCAUUUUUAACUUUUGUCCACCUUCUCUUGAAUGAUAGAUUUAGAUAUGGUAAUCAAGAGGAUUGGCCUUAAUUACUAGGUGACGAUGGUGGCUGCCUUGUAAUUUUGUUGCGGAAAAAUUAUGUCACAUGUAGAAUAUAGUAAUAAUUUCUCCAUGGAAUUUGGUUUUAUGGGCACUAUUUCUAAACAUCAUUUCCUUGAGAA